AUGGAGAACUUCUCGCCAGCUAGCCAACAGUCGAAUCCUACGACGCCAGCGCAAGCAAUGAACAACCCCCACCACUCGCCCGCCUCCCCGAACGCCGCACACGAUUUCCCCGCCCUCAGCCGUCAUGGCGCGACUUCGAUACCCCCCGAUCAGCCGGUGGCCAUGACGGCAUCCGGCCAGCCGGCCCUAAACCCACGCAGUUGCGUGACUUGUCGCCGGAGAAAGGUCCGCUGCGACAAGCAGAUGCCCUGUAGCAACUGUCGUCGCGCCGUCAUCCAAUGCAUCUUUCCCGCCCCCGGCCGCGCUCCUCGUCGCCCACGCCCGAAGGAUCCCAACGCCCCGCCGAAGAACUCGAGCGAGCGCGAGGUCGAGCUAAUGAAGCGCUUGCGCAAGCUCGAGGGCAUCGUCGAGGAGCUCAGUGGCCAGAUCGAGGUCGAGAGCGGCACGGGGAGCAACAGUGGUCGCCAGAACUCCAGCACCGGGAACUCACCAGAGGCUGCGGGCAAUGACUUCUCGUCUGAAAGAGCUGGUAGCGUACAAAGCGGCGGCCCGGCUGCAAGUGCGGGUGCCCAGAGGGAGGCCACUGCGCCGGUGCGGAUGGAUACCGACCCUGAGCCGAGGCGCCCGGCGGAUCUGAGGCAGGCGAGCAUCGGCAAGUCCUUCGGAAGGCUGGUCUUGCACGAUCAGGGUAGGACGAGCCGCUACGUCAGCAGCGCUUUCUGGUCGAAGCUCAACGACGAGAUCGACGAGCUUCGAGAACAAAUGGCCAACUUUGAGCACGACAGCCAGGACUCUGCCGACGAAGACAGUCCUCACUAUUCGCCCCUGCAACCCACCGACGCAUCGGCCGACCAUCAUGCCUUCAUAUUGGGAUACCGCUCGUCCGACGUCGACCUGCGCAAGCUACACCCCUUGCCAUCGCAAAUACCGUUCAUGUGGCAGGUCUACCAAGAGAACGUGGAGCCGUUGCUCAAGAUAUUGCAUAUACCGACCAUGGAGAAGCUCAUCCGUGCGAUGCGACGCAACUUUGACGAGCUUACCCCUGGGAAUGAGGCUUUGCUGUUCUCCAUCUACUACGCUGCCAUUACGUCUAUGGAGGACGAGGAAGUCGAGAAGAACUUUGGAUCAAAGAAGGACACGAUGCUACUGCAGUACCGGUUCGCCCUCGAACAAGCCCUCGCCAAGGCCAACUUCCUCAACACGUCGGAUAUCGUGGUGCUCCAGGCCUUUGUGCUGUUCCUCACCCUCGUCCGCCGACAAGACGACACCAGGUUUUGUUGGACGCUAACCGGCUUGGCAAUCCGCAUUGCGCAGGGGUUAGGCAUUCAUCGUGACGGAACCAACUUCAAUCUGCCGCCGUUCGAGACCGAGUUGAGGCGGCGACUCUGGUGGGCCAUCUGCACCCUCGACUUGCGCUCCGCCGAAGAACUAGGAAGCGAUCUCACCAUUAUCGAUCGCUCGUUUGAUACCGAGCUUCCGUCCAACCUCAACGAUUCGGAUAUUGAGCCUGGAAUGACCGAACCGCCCAAGCCCCGUCAAGGUAGAACGGAUUGCGCUGUGGCAUUAGUUCGGUACGAGAUUUGUGCCUUGUCCAGAAGGUUGCACACGGUCGGUUCGGCUAUGGCCGGCGUCUGCCCGCGCGAUGCCUCGUCGAGCCUGGCAGAGCGUGAGCGGAUGCUGAUUGAGGUAUACGACCGCGUUGAAGAGAAGUUCUUGCAGCACUGCUUCACCGACGAUGACCCGCUGUUCUGGAUGGCUGCCAUGAUCGCACGAGUGAUCAUGGCCAAGAUGAGCUUGGUUAUCUACCAACCGAUGCUAUUCCCCGGUAAUGGACAUGAGCUCUCGGGGGAGAUCCGCGACAGGCUCUUCGUCUCCGCCAUUGAAAUCGUCGAAUACAACUACAUCUUGAAUACCGAUCCACGCUGCAAGCAAUGGCGGUGGCUGUUCCAGACCUACCGACAGUGGCACGCAAUCGCGUACGUCCUCAUGGAAGCCGGGCGACGGCCAUGGUCUGCGACAUCAGAGCGCGGGUGGGAGGCGGUCAACAACACCAUCCGAUUCGACAGGGAUCCUGCCGAGAUAUCGAGGAUGGCAGACCACAUGGCCGUAUGGAUGCCUCUGCGAAAGCUGAGUGCCAAGGCAACCAAGCACCGCGAAUCGGAGAUCGCGCGCCUCCUCGCGAAUCCUGACGAGGCACGUCAGCUCGACGUUGACGACCGUAUGAACCCCAUUCCGGCCAGGCUUGGCCCGGUGCCCGGUAUGGAAGGCAAACACCUGCAGAUCCGCGCUCGUUGGAGGCAGCUCUGUGGGGUGAGGACAGACGGCAACAGCCCGUUGCCCACUCCGUCCAGCAAUGCGCGACCGACCCAGGCGCAACCGAUUCAAGCACACGCAUCUCAGCCAGGCCCGGCAACAACGGCGGCGCCGGCGCCGGCUCCGGCUUCCCAAGAGAAGGGACUGGGAUCCCUCGACACAGUGAUGAUGAACAGGAGCUUUAACCCGAGUGAGAUGUGGGAAUACAUAUAUCCCACCGCGCAGUCAAUGGCUGCGGACCCGAACAACACGCUGUUCCCUCCGAGCGCCGCCCAGCCACCCAUGCUGUCGUCCGGAGUCUCGUCCCCGGCCAUCUCCAACAACACCCAAAUGACGGACGCGGAACGCAGACAGCGGCAGCAGGCCAUCGCCGCGACGUCGCAGCCGCAGAUCGCCUCGUCGGUGAGCGACAACCAGCCCCCGUGGCUGUGGUCCGACCCGUUCACGUCCAUCAACAACAGCUUCGACGACGUGCCGGUGGACGCGAUGGAUGUCAACAUGGACAGCCUGGAAGCGUUCGACUGGAACAACUGGCAGGAGAGCGUCAAGGGUCUCGAGAUGGACCCGGGGAAUAUGCCGGCCAAGGGGGCUUGGUGA